UCUUUUGAACACUUUCCUUCUGCCCAUGACCUCUGUGCUUAACCAGCUUCGAGGAUUUUGAAGAAUACACAUAAUUUUUCUUUUCUUUUUUUUUUUUCAGACAACAUAUACUAUGUUCACUCAGAAGGAUCAAAACAAAAGCAAAAAUUAAAACUAAAAAUGUGUUCUUCAAAAUUGGCAAUGCCAUCUGAGUUAGUAAGAAAGGUAUUUACCACAACGUUUGGAGAAUGGUCUUGGCCGUGGUCUUGAUGCGUCUGAAAGUUCUUGAACCCAAAAACCCACAGUAGGACUUUGGGAUGCCCGCUGGCUCCUAGAAGUCCUUCAGUUGGCCUAUAGCUCCUUCAGGAUUCAUCUUAUUUCUAUCCUCUGUCCACAAAACUUAUGGACAGGGACCCUCUGGGACACGUGGCAUCCUUCCACUAGCAAGCAGUUUGGGUCACAGGGAUUUGGAAGUGGCUUGUGUCCAAGAAAAUAGCAUCCACUAGCGCUAUGACUCAGCCUGGGGCUGCCCAGACCCUCAACAAAGCCAUGGUCACUUCUGCGUGCUCUGGGAGAACAGGGACACUUAGAGGCUCUUCUCCCUGGUAGAUGAUGGUUGUGGACCACUCUCAGCUCCCUCAGCGCCCUCCACCAACACUCAUACUCAGCAAAGAAGCCCUCCACACAUGCCUCAAGUCCCCUCCAAAGAUCCCUUUAACCUUGGGGCCAUUGGACCACCUGCCCAGUAAAGAAGUUUUGGUAUCGGCUCUUAAAGAUUCUAUUCCAGCCAAUAUAAAUAUUCCAGCCAGUGGCUUCAGUCUUCAUGUCUUCCUGUCUCUCUUUAAUCCACUUGCUCUCUGCUAGUUAACCCUUCCACGUGGAAACCUGGUGGUGUAGGCAGGAAAGGGGCACUCCUUCCCCAUUCAAUUGGGAAGACGGUUUCCCGUUUGUGAAAUAGAGCAUGCUCGCAGAGGAGCAAAGAGUAGCAAGCUCUGAAAGACCCACCUUCCUGGCCACAACUUCCUGGCUGACAAAAGCAGACACCAAGAGCAAGAUGGUGCACAACUCUUAUCACUACACACAGCAAAAGCAUCAAGGGAAGCUUGUUCCUGGCCACCAAGACCUUUGGGUGAUGCGGUGGGCUGAGAUGGUGGCUGUGCACACAGUGGGUUAGGCCGCAGUCCCGGACCGGGGAGAAGGGCUCAGCACCUUCUGCAGCAAGUGGUCCUCAGUACAUGUGCUCAUGCUGGUUGUUUUGGGGGUGGGUCCAUCUGCCUCUGCAAGACACCAUAUGCAACUAAUUGUAAGACCCUCAAGAAAUACUCAUGUACUCCGUGCCAUGCCUUUUGGUGCAGGGAUCCCUGUAAGCAUCCGUCUUGACGGAGAUGUUUGUGUGUGGUUUGCACAGGACACCCAAUAUCGACCGGCUUGCAGAAGAAGGUGUGAGGCUCACCCAGCACCUGGCGGCUGCCCCCCUCUGUACCCCCAGCAGAUCUUCCUUCCUCAUGGGGAGGCACUCCCUCAGAUCAGGAAAAUGGCACCAGGGUGUGAACUGUGAAUCCCGCACCGACCACUGCCACCACCCACUGAACCACGGAUUUGACUAUUUUUAUGGCAUGCCUUUCACGCUUGUGGAUGACUGUCAGCCAGGCAGGCCCCCGGGACUGGACGCCACGACUAGAGCCAGGCUGUGGCAUUACACCUGGAUGGCGACACAGGGGCUAUUGACUGUUGCUGUUGGUAAGACUUGGGGGUUAAUCUCUGUGUCCUGGAAGGUGGUCCUGGGUGCAGCCAGCCUCGUCUUCCUCUUCUUCAUCUCCUGGUACGCCAGCUUUGGGUUUGUGCGUCGUUGGAACUGUAUCCUGAUGAGAAACCAUGACGUCACAGAGCAGCCCAUGGUUUUGGAAAGAACGACGAGUCUCAUGCUACGUGAGGCAAUUUCCUAUAUUGAAAGAAAUAAGCACAGGCCUUUCCUUCUCUUCGUGUCCUUGCUGCAUGUACACAUUCCCCUGGUAACCACAAAACAGUUUCUCGGGAAAAGCCAGCACGGCUUAUAUGGCGACAACGUGGAGGAGAUGGAUUGGCUUGUAGGUGAAAUCCUUAAAGCCGUUGACGUAAAUGGUUUGAAAAACAUGACAUUCACGUAUUUUACCUCUGAUCACGGAGGACAUUUGGAGGCAAGGGACGAACGUGGCCAGCUGGGGGGAUGGAAUGGAAUAUUCAGAGGUGGCAAAGGGAUGGGGGGCUGGGAAGGCGGCAUCCGUGUCCCAGGGAUCUUCCGCUGGCCUGGGGUGCUGCCUGCUGGCCAAAUGAUCCACGAGCCCACCAGCCUGAUGGAUGUUUUCCCCACCGUGGUCCAGCUGGGGGGCGGCAAUGUGCCCCAGGACAGGGUGAUCGAUGGCCGUAGCCUGGUGCCCUUGCUUCAAGGGGCUGCUGAGCACUCUGCACAUGAGUUCCUGUUUCAUUACUGUGGAAAGUAUCUGCAUGCAGCACGCUGGCAUGAGCAGGACAGGGGAAGACUCUGGAAGGUCCACUACAUGACACCACAGUUCCACCCCAAGGGGGCGGGGGCCUGCUAUGGCCGAGGCCUGUGCCCCUGCUCCGGGGACGGCGUGACCCAACACAGCCCUCCUCUGCUCUUCGACCUCUCCAGGGACCCUUCCGAGGCGGAGCCCCUGUCCCCUGGCUCCGAACCCCGGUACCACGCGGUGAUAGCACUGGUGGGCGAGGCAGUGGAUCAGCACAGGAAGACCCUGAGUCCUGUGCCCCCGCAGUUUUCCCUGAGCAACAUCAUCUGGAAGCCGUGGCUGCAGCCAUGCUGUGGAACCUUCCCCUUGUGCGCGUGUGGGCAGGACGAGGUCCCCAGUGAGACAUGACCUCACACUUGGCAGGAUGCCUGUCAUCAGACAGACGGGGCAAAACAUGUUGGCGAGGAUGCAGAGAAAGGGGAACCGUUUUGCACUGUUGCUGGGAAUGCAAACUGGUGCAGCCACUCUGCAAAACAGGAUGGAGUUUCCCCCAAAAAUUAAAAAUAGAGCUAUCCUAUGACCCACUGAUUGCACUCCUGGGUAUUUGCCCAAAGGAAAUGAAAACAGGAUCUCAAAGAUACCUGCACCCCCAUGUUCAUAGCAAAAUUCUUCAGAGCAGCCAAGACCUAGAAACAACCCAAGUGCCCAUCGACGUGGUCCAUCCACAGAACACAACACGACUCAGCCACGAGAAGCAAGGAGAUCCUGCCCUUUGUGACAACGUGGAUGGAACUCAAGGACAUUAUGCAAAGUGCAGUAAGCCAGACACAGAUCCAAAAAUACCACAUGAUCUCACCGAUUCGUGGAGUCUUAACAAUAAAGGAGGGAAGGGUGUGUUCUCUCUUGGAGGGAUGCAACCCCAUGCUACCAUCCUCUGCUUCAUGGCCUCAGGAUGGCUGCAGCAGCUCCAGCCACCAUACAGACAUUCCACGCUGCCAGAAAAAGGGCAUUCGUCCCAGCUGAGUAAGCCCCUGUGAAGGGGAUUCUGCAGAGGUCCUAACCCCGGACUCCUGCUUCCAUCCGUAGAAACAACUGGGAAUUAAGAAAUGCACUUUUUGAAGUGGGCACAUACCUGCAGGGGGUAGAAUCAGGGUUAGUCUCAUCAGCCUAAAGGUGAGACAGCCUUUAUAAUGACUUGUCCGAGGUCUUUGAUACAUCAUUUCAUUGCCAAAUUAAAUUAUUUAGCAAAU